GACAGCUGCUGUUCUGUCAGAACUCUCAACAUUUGUUGUUAAUUUUUGUUCAAGAAAAAUGUUAUGUUCUGAUGAAUAAAGUUGAAGGUGGAUUUUCAAAUACUUUUCCUGAUAAUUUAUGUUUCACCUUUCGUAAUUAUUUUAGACCAGUAUUUUUGGUAUUGACUUCUGAGUUUUUGAUGGUACUCAGUAGUUUCAAAUUUGUUCAUUUAUCAUGUUGAUCAAAUGGGCAAUUGUAUAAACAUUUCAAUCAGUAGGAUCAAUCUUCUUGAUUUGUUUUAUCGUUGAAAUCAAUCAAAAUCUCAGAAUGGAACUAGGUGACACUGGGUGUGUGGGCCCCGAAACUGUUUAUGUAACACAGGAAGAUUCCCCAUUAGUUAUGUCUGAAAAAGUUCAGUCAUUAGCUGGUAGUAUAUACCAGGAAUUUGAAAAAAUGAUUGCCAGAUAUGAUGAGGAUGUUGUUAAAUCAUUGAUGCCUUUGUUGGUUAAUGUGUUGGAGUGUUUGGAUGCAGCCUAUCAACAAAAUCAGGAACAUGAUGUUGAACUAGAAUUACUACGAGAAGAUAAUGAACAAUUGGUUACUCAAUAUGAAAGAGAAAAAUCUGCAAGAAAGGCUGCUGAGCAAAAACUAUUGGAAUUUGAAGAUGCUGCAGAAGGAGAAAGGAAAGAUCUCACAACACGAUUAGAAUCAUUGGAAAGUAUUGUACGAAUGCUGGAAUUGAAACAUAAGAAUUCAUUGGAGCACGCUGGCCGCUUAGAGGAGAGAGAGGGAGAUUUGAAAAAGGAAUUCUCCAAGCUGCAUGAAAGAUACACUGAAUUGUUCAAAACACACGUAGAUUAUAUGGAGCGUACCAAAAUAUUACUUUCGGGACAACAACUUGCCAAUGAAAAAGCUGAGAUCAAUAGACUAAAUAGUAAUAGGCUCAAUAUUGUUGGGCGAAGCUCAGGUCCAAUGUCGUUUGGAUUUGCUUCGCUUGAAAACGCAGAAAUUGUAGAUAGUGUUCCAUCCUCUCCAAUAAGUAGCACCCAGUCAUCGCCAAGUUUGCAUAGUGAAGCUGAAGUUCCGCCAAAAGAUACAAUUCAGGUGGAUGAACCUAGCAGUAAUCAAUUAUCACCUGAGGCCAAAAGUACAGUUACCUCACCAACUAGUCCGGAAUGUCCUCCUCCUCCUAUAAACAAUGUUCCGUCUCGAAUUCAUACAAAGAAGGAACAUCGGAGCGGUAACACACUAUAUGAAGAGCUCACUUUUCAGGAUGCUGAUGCAGAAGAAGAUUCUGAGAUUACUGGUGGCUGGGUCCAUCCAGGUGAUUAUGCAUCGUCAGUCAACGAUAAUUUUUAUGGUAUGGGAAAGGAAGUCGAAAAUCUCAUAAUGGAAAAUAAUGAAUUGCUAGCAACCAAAAACGCUUUGAACGUUGUCAAAGAUGAUUUGAUCGCUAAAGUUGACGAAUUGACCGGCGAACAAGAAAUGUUGAGGGAGGAAAUAUUAUCUUUGAAAAUAUCAAGGACAAAAUUGAAAGAAAGAGUCAGUGAAUUGGAGGACGAACUGAAAAAAGUAAGAGAGGCUAAUGAGGCUAGAAUUGAGGCUGGAGAAGAUAAUUCCGAUGUACCUAUGGCUCAAAGAAAGAGAUUUACGAGGGUAGAAAUGGCAAGGGUGUUGAUGGAGCGCAAUCAAUACAAGGAAAGAUUCAUGGAACUUCAAGACGCCCUUCGAUGGACCGAAAUGAUAAGGGCUCAAAAAGGCGAGGCAUACGACAAGAAACAGAGCCCAGGCAUCUGGAGGUUCUUCAACAAAUUAUUCAAUGGUUCUGAUCGACCAACAAGAGCAAACUUACGAUACCAAACUACAUCGACUGAAGCAUCACCUAGCAUACGAGCAUUGCCCAGAGCAGGACAAGAUUCAAUCGAAACUGAAAUGGGUUCAAUUUCCGAUAAACUGAUGAUGAAAAGGGUAAUAGACAAGCGAGAUCAAUACAGAAAUUUAAAGGCUCACGUUAGGAAGGAGGACGGAAGGAUGCAUGCCUACGGAUGGAGUUUACCUGGAAAAACCACACCAGCCACAAAAGGCAGCGUCACAGGUGUUCCCGUUCCCAUACCAGUUUACUGCAGACCCUUGACCGAAUCGAGUCCAGAAAUGAACGUUUGGUGCGCCGCUGGCGUUACUUCCAUGGAAGGAUAUCUCAAUAAUUCCAACGAUCUCGACAAGGAAGAAUUAGAUUCGGCCAGAGAGGCUAGCGAUGAAAGUUACGAGGAACAGUUGAAGAGGGACGAACAGAAGGUGCCACUGUCCUCUCAAGUGUGGAUAUGUAGUUUCACGCACACAGCCAGUAUAGUUACCAUAAUCGAUGCCAAUAACCCAGCAGAAAUAUUAGACAGUUUUGGCGUGUGUACAUCCAGAAUUUUGUGCAUAGCCAGCGUUCCGUCUUCUAGCCCAACGGACAUCGUUAGUGACACCCCUCUAACUUGCAGCAAUUUAAGCUCCCCAAUCAAGGAAGUCUCGAAAACGGAACCGGAUGAUUUUGUUUCUAUUCCAACGAUUGUCACUGAAGGAGCCAAACAAAUCGACAAAGAUGCUGAACUACAAGAAGAAAAGAAAUAUCUUGGUAAAAUUUAUUAUAUCGAAAAUGAACCUAGUAUAAGUAGACGCAGGAAUUCUACAGUCUCUGAGGAACCAAUGAAUACUGGUGAACAAACGGAAACUGAAGAAUCGAAACCAGUUGAAGAGAAUGCGGAAGCAGAACCUGUGGUGGAGAGUGAACCAGAACCUCAGCAGGAUGUAGUUUCGAGUAAAUCGACAACUAUGUGGAUUGGUACUGAAAAUGGUUCACUUUAUGUCCACUCUGCAGUAGCUCAAUGUAGACGAUGCUUACAUUCUGUUAGGUUGCGGGAUACCAUCAUGAGUAUUGUACACAUCAAAGGCCAAGUUGUGGUAGCCCUAGCUUGUGGAAUGAUGGCGGUAUUUAAGAGAAACAAAGAGGGGGAGUGGGACUUGUCAAAUUAUUAUCUAGUCCAAGUUGGCUUACCCCAACAGCCUAUCAGGUGUCUGCAAGUUGUGGACGAAACGGUUUGGUGUGGAUAUAGAAACAAAAUACAUGUCCUUCAACCGAACGGCUUGAAGAUCAUUCACAGCAUAGAAGCACAUCCAAGGACUGAAAGUCUAGUGAGACAUAUGGCGUGUUUGGGAGUUGGAGUGUGGGUUUCAAUACGAUUAGAUUCUACGCUUAGAUUGUACCAUGCGGAAACGUAUCAGCAUUUGCAAGAUGUUGAUAUUGAACCGUAUGUCAGCAAAAUGUUAGGAACAGGAAAGCUGGGUUUCACAUUUGUUCGAAUCACCUGUUUGCUGGUAUCGUCCUACAGGCUGUGGAUAGGAACAUCGAAUGGAGUCAUAAUAUCCGUUCCCUUAUCCGGGGAGUAUCCCAAUGAAAAAAUCGUUCACUCUACCGAUUUGCCUAAUGCGUCUGGAGAGUGGGAAUGUGUACCGCCUGUACCAACAACUGGCUUCGUUCCCUACUGUUCUUUGUCGCAUGCUCAGCUGAGUUUCCACGGACACAAGACGAAUGUGAAAUUUUUCGUGGCUGUGCCUGGUAAUGUCGGCUCAAGUCCGUCAUCGAAUCCUUCCUCACCUUCUGGUUCGCCUGUGUCGACAAAGAACACCAAUGCAAUGCUCGUAAUGUCUGGAGGGGAAGGAUACAUAGAUUUCAGGAUAGGUGAUGAAGAUUCUGACGUUUCAACCAAAAAUGAAGUUUUAUCGCAAGAGGAAAACUCAUCAUUGAUGAGUCAUUUAAUUGUGUGGCAAGUAUCAACUUCUAAACUUUGAGGAGGUUAGGGUUCUUUCACAGACAUACAGUAUAAACUGAUCUCUAACAAUACUGACCAUUAUGCAGGGAAUAAGAUUGUUAUUGUUCUGGGUGAAAUUGAGCUACCAAGUAUUUACCAAUGAAAGCUUUUGAGCUGUCUUCAGGGCCGGGAAGACAAAUUUUGCUCAAAACACCAAUUAAUUGGUUUUAUCGACAGUUUUAACCUUAGCAAUACGUUUGGUGUUUUGAAUUUAUUUACUAUGAUUACCAUUGACUGUCCAAGCAAUAUUGGUCUGUGAUUUUUAUUUUUACAUUUUUGUUGAUUGUUUCGUGAACAUUGCGCUCAUUAUUAUAUCAAUUCUGGGAUAAACUGCAGUUUAUCAUUUGAGGUUGAUUAGUUUACUUACAGCCAUUCGCUACUCACUUAUGGUUAAAUACGUUGUGAAGUAUAUUUCUUUUCUGCAAUUUUUACGGAAUAUUGAAUAUUAUAUUCACACAGAUUUUUCUGUUACAUGCAGAGAACCGACAAUCAUUAAAUGUUCUCAAAAAUUCAAUACUUAAUGUAGCUAUCAAUAUUAUCCUGCAGGUGCCAAAUUUCAGUACAUAUUUUAUAUUAUUUGACGCAUUUAAUUUAGAAACAAAAAAUUUGAGAAUUUUUUAGUAAUUUUUAAAUGAUAGUAUGAAUAUACUAUAUACAGGGUAUUUCACCAUAAACUUGGCAAACAAAUAUAGUCGUUUUAAUGAGAUCGGGACAAACAUUAAUGCUCAAGGUCAUUUAUCCGCAAUAUUUAGUCACAAAUAUGGCGUGGAAUUUUGGAAAAAAAUUAAAAUGGCUAUACUCGACCAUAUAUUGCUGAAAAAUGACCUUAAACACACUGUAUCUCACUUAUGCCUCGAAAACGAGACACAUAUAUGAUGUGCUUCUCCGGAUCUCAUAUAGACAACUAUGAAUGUUUGUCCAGUUCAUGGUGAAUCGCCCUGUAUAGAUUUUUUCGCAUAGGAAAAUUGAUCCAUAUUUAUAAAGCGGGAAUAAAAUAAUCGAGAACUAGUCAGUGAAGGAAUAACUGAAAUUCAAUUUUGUAGGUAUUCAUCUUUUGAAAAUUCUAUGAUAGUAUGAUGAAUAUCUUCUAUUCGUUCACCAUUUUUCAGUCUGAAUCGAUUUUAUCGUGAAUAAGCCUUUCACAAGAAUAAGUGUUUUCAAUACAAAUUAUUAUUUGAGAAUCAGUGCAUGAAUUUUUUUUCAAUAUUUCCAACCAAAGAACAAUAUCGACCUUAUUCUUCUCCUUUGUGAGAGAGCGUAGAUUUUUCUAAAUUUGUAACUUAGUAUCACUUGACAUAAAGGCCCAGUAUUGUUGUUGAGAGAAUGAAGGUGAGAAUAAUGAACAAAUUCUGCAACAAAUUUUAUAUUAUUAUAGAUACAGGCAGAUGAAACCUAGUUCUUAUAAAUAAAUCACACUUUUUAACUCCUUGAAGGCUAGAAAUUAAUUUCCUCAAUUCAUGUUAACAAUUGAAUUGUGCUUUUGUAAAUUUUGUUGUUUUUAGAUGUUUUAAUAUAUAGGAACAAUAUACAGCUAUAAUAAAGUGAUAUUUAUUGAAUUGUAUGCCGAUUUUUAGUAUGUAUUAUAUCGAAUUGAGUGUAAAUAUUGUUAUAAAACGAUUAAAUAACGAAAAGUA